AUUGUAACAAGCUCACCAACUUUAACACAACUCAUAACGACUUGACCAUCAAUUCUACAACUCCCAAUCAAAUCUCUAUCUUUCAAUCUUAACAAAAUCAACAAAAUGGGUCUCCCCACUUUCUCAGAGUCAACCACCACCACAACAGCAUCCUCUCAAACCCCGCAAGAACAACAGACCAACAACAGCACUGGCGUCGCUACAGGUGCAGGCGCAAACACUGGCGCCGGCGUGACGAGACCAAAGACGGAGGCUGAGUUGGAGGCUGAUCGGCUUUACGAGGAGGCCAUGGAGGAGGAGUAUGCUAAGCGGGAUGGAGGUUCUUAAACGUUGGUCAAGAUGGAACAGCGGAUGGAUGAAUUAAGAUCAUGGAGUUAUGCAUGAGGGUUAAACACAACGGCCCCGAAGAAGUAUCCUCAACUCUAGAUGGAAUGGAACAGAACAUAAAAUAAGACGGAGCGAAUGAAAUAUCUGUUUUAACGCCUA